AUGGCAGACUCCAAAACUGAGACCAAAACUCUUGAGGCCAAGUGCCACUGUGGCUCUGUUCACUUUACCGUCGAUAUUCCCAAGGCCUCUCUUCCUCUUUCUCUCUACCUCUGCCAUUGCAGCAUCUGCCGCUUCACUACUGGGGCGCCAUGCAUCUUUCACACGUCUUUGGGAGAGGGGAUCAAGCCCAACUUCAUAGCGCCAUCGAGUGAGAAGAGCUUGACCACUUACUCCAUCAAGGGAGCCGAUUGCACCUACGACUUCUGCUCAACUUGCGGAUGUCACAUUGCGGGUGUUGCACUUGAUAGACAGGAGUGGACGGUCUCCACAUCCAUCUUUACAGACCAUGGCCCUGAUAACUUCAAGAUCACGACGCAUACCUUUAGUGAUUCAGCCAAGGAUAAGGGCUUUGCUCAGAUCUUGACGCACAUAGAUGGCGUCAAGCUGCCAGAGUGGAAUCCUCCAAAAGACGAUCCUCGAGCCAAGAUUGUCGAAGCAGAGCCAGAAGUCGGCGAGGACGGAGAAGAACGCCUGCGAGCCGAGUGUCACUGUGGAGGCGUCUCCUUCACAAUCAGGCGUCCUACACAAGAAAUUCGCGAUCAUGAGCUAAUGCACGAAAUCGUUUCUCCAACGGAUCCGACAAAAUGGCUGGCCUCGUACGACACGUGCAGCGACUGCCGCCGCAUACACGGAACGCACCUCGUUGGCUGGACGUUUCUGCCUCUCUCGUUCUGCGAGCCAGAGAUCAAGAGCGAUCUCAAGAUUGGCACCUCAAAAGUGUAUGCCUCGUCGCCAGAUGUCCAGCGAUGCUUCUGUGGCACUUGCGGCGCAACCAUCUUCUACGCAAACGACCCUCGGAAACUGAAAGGUCCAGGAAACUGGCAAGUCGUUGACAUUGCGACGGGUAUUCUUCGAGCGCCGGAGGGAUCCAUGGCUGAGAACUGGCUAACCUGGAGAUCGCGCCUGGCUUGGGACGAGGAUUGCAAAGAGUUUGAUCCAGCAUUUUUUCACGGGCUGGAAGAAGGCAUGAAGAAGUAUGUCAUUGGGAAGAGUGGGAGAGAAUUGACGAACACGAUUAAUUUCUAA